AUGUUUCAGGCUCCCGGCACGGCGACUCCAGCGUCGCCCGAUCUACUUCGUCCACCGGCGGUGUUCCCUUGCUCGUGGAUGCGACCACUUACCUUGCCUCUCCGAUGCACAAAGACCUUCGCAUUGCCCGAUCUCAAAGGAGGCAAAGGAAUGAGUGGGUUCCAUGAAGUUGAGCUCAAAGUUCGCGAUUAUGAAUUGGAUCAGUUUGGUGUUGUCAACAAUGCUGUUUACGCUAACUACUGCCAACACGGUCGACACGAGUUUCUAGAGAGUAUCGGUAUCAACUGCGAUCAAGUAGCCCGUUCUGGUGAAGCCUUAGCACUUUCUGAGUUAACUAUGAAGUUCCUCGCACCUUUACGUAGCGGAGACAAGUUUGUGGUGAAAGCGAGGAUAUCGGGGACAUCUGCUGCGCGUAUUUACUUUGAACAUUUCAUCUUUAAACUUCCAAAUCAAGAGGCUAUUUUGGAAGCACAAGGAACAGCUGUGUGGCUUGACAACAAGUACCGUCCUGUGCGUAUCCCAUCUCACAUACGCUCUAAAUUUGUUCUAUUCCAACGACAAGACGACACCGUUUGA